CAGCUGCCUCGGGAUUUGCACUCGGAUUUCCAAACAGGAUUUGUUUACUACGUUAUUAAAACCUAAAAAAAGACUAACUUGAUUUACACAUUUAGUAUAUUUUCCUUUUGGUGAGCUCACGUCAAAGUGGCAAAUUAACAAUCUCUAUCGGCAACAUAUAAUUAUCAUUUCUUAAAACUAAUGUCACUAUUUUGAACACUUAAAAAAUUUGCAACUUUUUGCAACCCUCCAAAAAUGGAAGAAAUCAGUAUAAAUUUGGACCAGGGUGAAGCAAUGAUUGUCGUAGCACCCCUGCGGAAAUGCAAUGUUCGGAGGGCAGCAGCUACUUCUGAGGGGGCCGUGGCCCCGAGGAAGGUCAGGAUUAGUCUUUACACCACGACGGUGAUGUGUCUCAGAUCUCACGUUGGUGAAAUUGGUCCGGCCAAGCCAGGAGGUGGUGGACGUUUCGCAAAGUAUUCGAGAGUUGACGAUCCUUUUGAUAUUCUUGUUUGCUGCCGUGACCGCGACCAACAUGUUGCUGAAAUGGGGUGAAGACAUCCGUCAACAAAAGUGGAUUUUCUACAACAGAUUUUUCCUCGAGUUGGGUCAAACCAAUGAAAGAAUGGAUUUCGACGCCCUGUUUUCGCUAAAGUGGUCACGGAAACGGCAAACUCCGGCAGAGGAACAAGAAGUGGUUCAUUUUACCACAUUUUUAUCCAACUUCUUGGAAACUUUGGACACUAAAUUGACCCAGCUUUCUUCCAAUAUUUCGCCCAGUAACGAGUUGGACGUUUACAUCGCAGCGGUUCGGCUUUGGUCGAUUUCUCCCCCUUCCGACAGAGAUGCAGAAAUUAGAUCGAAGUGGGUUAAUUUUCUCAACGAAAUGGCAACAUUUGUGGAAGAGCGGUAUAAGAAACCAGACGCGGCCAAAAAAUGAAGAAACCCAAGGAAAGAUUCGAUCCUCUUAAAUCUUCCAAAAUAUUUAAUGUCUUCUUAUUUAUAAAGUAUUGGGCUUAUCAUGUACACAAGUUUCUUGCAUUUAAGGUCGUGAAAUUAAUUUUAUACUGCGCUUCCCGUGAGAGUAGGGCUUACACAUUUGCAUGUACGUAUAUGAGUUGAUGGGAAAAUAAUAACUCAUCGUUGCUCAAUUUUGCAACCAUUUUGCAAAUUAUCUGUGCUAGUAACUUCACUUGCAUAUUUUCACUCAUGGAUAAGAGACAGAGUUAGUUCAACAUGGAAAGCCCGUAUCGCAGAAAAUGGGUAUAGUAAGAUUUAUGCAACGUAAUCAGAUCACAUAUGUACACAACCUGGUUAAAGUAGUUAGGAAUGGGUAAUCCGAUCCGAAGAAAUCCGAUCCGAUCCUAAUCCGUCGGAUUAUGUCGGAUCGGAUCAAGGUUUUUUCUGAUCCGAGGCCGAUCCGGUCGGAUCGGAUUGGUUCAAAAACCCGAUCGGAUCAAUCCGAUACUUCCCAUCGGAUUUCGGAUCGGAUUUCGGAUUGUAUUAUUUGGAUCAAUCCAGCUUGCUUCCUCUAUUCACCCGACAUUUUCCACCCACUAUUUCACAAAUUACGACAGAUUUCAAAAACAAUCUUUCUCUCUCCUACCUCUAACAUAAUUUGUCAACACAUUCGUCAAAAAUUGAUUGGACAAAGUAAAAAAUUCUUGUUCAGCUAAUAUUAAUAGUCGCAAUUCCUUGAUAAAUUUUCUAUUGGUCGCUCGAAAACACUACGACAUAAUCUGUCAUGAAGCAUUUUAGAUUCUUCACGCCUAUAAUAUUGGGUGAACAGUAACUAAUUACUAAUUACAGUUGACAGUGAAGAAAAUUAAAGUGUAGGGUGGAUAAACUGGUCUAUCUCCAUCGAUGGCCACGAUCAUAGAUUGUAAGUUUGCAGGAUGCAAUCCCAGAAAUAAAGUGAUUGGAUUACGUCUCUAUUUUUGAAAAAUUUCAAAAAGCGUAAGGGUCACUAUUUUUGUCUAACAAUGGAGGUCUCCCAAAGUAGUCCCACAGAUUUGGACCA